GGGUGUCUCCUACGGUAGACUGCGGAUAACCAGUACCAACCGGUGUACGCCUGGUGACAAAGCGUGCGAACCCGUCCGCACAACCACGCCCAUUCGGCCGCCACGGCUACCGUAGCAACAACCGCUAGCAAAGUUAGCUUAGCGCUGUGGCAGAGGUCGGAAAACAGCUGAGCCCGUCCAUAUUACGGUCUUAAUAAACAUUUAUAAGGCGGUCCGACCACUUAAAAGAGCUGGAGGGGCAAAACUUAGAUCCGGGAUGUGCUCCGUCGUCGGGUGUGAUUCGUCGCGUCGCCGUGCGCAGCGGUUCAAGUUACCAGAGGACCCCGAGAGGAGGCUGGAGUGGGUCCAGUUUCUCGCUGCAGUCAAUAAGCAGCGUUUUAAAGAGUCGUCCUGGACUGACAUCACCAUCUGUAGUGAACACUUCGCACUUGACUGCUUCGUCUAUCUGGCUCCGACUGGCGAGGUCCAGCUAACGCCCGGUGCUGUCCCAUCGCUGUGUCUCCAGCCGGAGCCGGGCGAGCCCGGGUCUAAUGCGGAGAGCCCCAAAUGUGUGGAGCGUGUGGAAACAGUUGCUUGUCAGUGUGAUCAACCUACUACAUGUGAUAGUCCAUCCUCCUGUUUUGAAGAAUCAAGACUGACUUCAACAGCUGCCCAAGGAGGCCCAGUCCCAAGAAGUGUCGCAUGUUCAAUGGAUACUUCAGAUACUAUUCUAUCUGUAUAUGGCCAGAUGCAACCAAAAAAUGUGAAUAUUGAUUUGAUCAGGGAAAAAGCUGCACUUCUAAAGAUGAAAGGGAAGUAUGUUGUGAACGAAAAACGUCUGCUCCAGUUGUUCAGCUGCAAGUGCCCGUCAUGUGGCUGUAAACUAAAGAUGGAAAAGGUCACCCAUGGUGUACUCAUUGUCUUGAACCAGCAGUGCCUUCAGUGUGAGUACAGAAACCAGUGGAAAAGCCAGGUCAAUGCCAGUGUCCCAACAGCUGAAGAUCAACACCUGACCGGAGGCACAGGAGGAACUCCAGAGGCAACGCCAACAGAUGACUCAGGUGUCCCUGAGAUUGUUGCUGUUAUUGAUGAGGAGAGUGAUCCCAUGGAUGAAACUGAUGAAUCAAGUGAUCAGGGUGACAUGGAUUCAGAUGAGGACUGGAAGCCAGUGAAGGAUUUGUUGCCGACUAAAGUGCUUCAAAAGGAAUCUGAUGAGGAAACCGAAGAUGAUGAAGUAGAGGAAAUUGAUGAUUAUCCUCCAAUUGCCCCCAAACACAGUCAGCUCUGCACAGAGUGUGGGAGGUUUUUCAAUAAACGGAGGCCUCACACGUGUGAGCACAAAAUUAAGCCUUAUUCCUGCAAUAUAUGUGGCAAGAGAUGUGUUAGUGAGAUUGCUCUAAAUUCUCAUGGACGCAUCCACGACGAAAACUAUGAGCAUCGUUGCAAAUACUGCCACAUUACAUUCAAAACAAAGGUGGACAAAACCACUCAUGAGCAGAUCCACCUAACUCAAGGAAAGCCUUAUAAAUGUCCCGACUGCUCAGAGACAUUUGCCACAAAUAAAGAACGUAAAAUCCACUUAGAGGAUCACAGAGGCCCCAAGCAGUUAAAAUGUCACAUCUGUGGCAUUGAAUUCCUCUGGCCCCUUUCUCUUCAGAGACACUUAGCUGUGCACACGGGAGUGAAGCCAUUUAAGUGUUCGGUUUGCCAGCGUGGGUUCAACCAGGCAGGUCACCUCAAAUCUCACAUGCGCCUGCACACAGGGGAGAGGCCUUAUAAGUGUCGGCACUGUGACAAACGCUUCAAUCACAACGUGAGCCUGAAGAGUCAUGUCCAGCGCUACCACACAUCGAGCUCUGGGCGUGAACGGAAGAAGGAAAAGAUAAAUGAAAGGGCAAGUGACACUGGUGAUGCUCAGGGUAAUGGGAACAAAGGAGGCGCAGACUCAGAGCUUGACAAUGUAGAGGAAGAACAGGAAUCAGAAGAGGAGGUAGAGAAGGAGAGAAUAUAUAGACCUAAAAAGAAAAGGAAAAGCACAGGAAGACCCAUCGGAAGGCCUAAGAACUAUGCAUCAAGCAACUUAGUUCUGGCAAUCCAGUUGGAGGGCCCGGGUUCAAAAACUAAGACUCGAAAACUGCGGGCACAGAAGAGAACACAGUGCAGUCAUGAUGAAAGUGAGGAUGAACCGACUGACAGCGACAUGACACUCAACACCUUUGAUUCAGCAGAGGAGGAAGGGGAGAAAAGCAAGAAGGUGGUAAAGAACACAGAAAAAUCAAGAAGAAGACCAAAAAGUUCUGACAGUGACUCUGAUUUUGACCCAGAAGAUAGAAGGAAAAAGAGGUACAGCAACCAGAACAGUGGUAAAGGCUCAGGGAAGCGCAGGGGGAGACCCAGAAAAAAUCUAGUGGUGUGAAGAUUCUUAAAGUGAAAGGAGCUAAAGAAUUAAUUGGGUUUCAACAACUGUUAAAAGAAAGGAGCCACUUAAAGUGGGUGUUCAUACAGAACUGGACACAUUUCCUAGAAAAUUACAAACUAUGAUAGACAAAACAUGUACACCUAGGCCAGGGUCUUGAUCAAAUUUGCUUGCCUUUUAUUGUUGAGAGAAGCUGAUGCUUUGAUUUAAAAACACUUUUGAAUCGUGUUCACUGAUGUGUGCAUCAUGGGAUCAGACUGGAUAAAAGUAAACAGGACUGAUGUUAAGUGCCUGUUUUCAUUUCUGCUGUAAAUUUCCACUGCUUUAUCCUUCAUAACGCUGGUGCGUUGAUGCGUAAACUGCCCGAAAGCUUGUCAUGUGCUGCUGAGAGAAGAGGUCAAUUUACUUCUACUGUACAUCUAACUGGUCAUCUUUUGGGAUGGCGUGUGCAAACCAUUUGUCCUCAAAAGGGUGCGGUGUGUAUUUUAACAUUCUUGUGGCAACAGGGCUGGGAAAUGUUUCAAUUCCUUGUGACAACCAGUUAUGUAAAAAGCAACAAGCCCAUGCUGGUGUUAGACAGGACAACUGUCUCCAUAAUACAGUACUUAAUUGGUAAUUAUAUUGCCCAAGGCUUAAAAGGGUUAGUUCGUGCAUUUUCUUUCUUUCUUUUUUUUUCCAAAAGAAAAUUUUCUCAAUCUCAUGUGCCUGUACUUCACCAGGCAGAUAGUUUUGGUUUAAUUUACCCACGUCUUGAUGAAUCGUUCUCUGAGAUUUCUGUCAAAUACGACCGUGGUGAAUGGAAUUUAGUUUAUGGUAAUUCACACCUUAAUAAGAGUAAGUUAGGUUCAGAAUAAGAUCAAUUUCCACCAACAGUUCCCCUCUACGCUGGAUCCACACUUUUUAUGUUGCCUGAUAAGUUUUUAUUGAGGUUGUUCCGUAUGAAAGUAGUUUAAUAACGCUCUCUCAGUGGCUUGUUAUUAGAAAAAUCGCCUUUUGUGGGCCUCAGUAACCUUCGUGAAGGUAUUAGAGCUUUUGGAUAUCAAGCAAUAUGACAAAUACCAAUAACGAUAAUGAUGAAUAAAAACGAUUCAUGGCAUUGUUUUUGAAAGCAUCCUCAAUUUACUUUUAGUACCUAAAACUUUUGCA